CCUUCAACCUACUCCUCCUUCAACCUACUCCUCCCUCCUCCACCACCAUCACGUCCUUCUCCUUCUUUCCCACAUUCGUCCUCACAAAGCUCAUCUGAUCCUAGCCAUGUCAUUCGCGCGCAGAACUCUUCAUGGUGUCGCACACCUGCCGCAUCGCCUUCUCCGUGCUGUUGCUGGUGCUGCCCGUGCUGAUGCUGAUGGUGGUGGUGGUGGUGGUGACUCAGAUUCGCAGGGCCAGGCGAUCUUGUCAAAUCUGUGGGACUUCUACAGUAUGGCGAGCUUCUUGCCGGCUGGCUCGAUUGCUCCCGAGCUCGAAGAGUCGGACUCACUUAAAAUCGAGGUUUUACCCUGGGACAUCACCGGAAUUACGACUAUGAAGAUUCCUCCAGCACUCAAUCCAACCUCUUACUUCGUCCCGCUGUCGGAAGAGUACAUCCAGCAACAUCCUUUGGAUCUGUCCAGGUCUGAAACUUGCCAGCAGGUGGAAAGCACUGCACGUCUCCUCAGGCCCGAUUACAGUCGCAGCACACGCCAGCAAAUGCCGAUACCGUCGUACGGAAAAGCUCAAAUCCUUGCCCAUCACCUAACAAGUGUGAUGAGAGCCCCAAGGUUGAACUUCCCGCCGGGCUCAUGGUCCAGGCUGAGUAUGGUCACUGGAUGGCGCUGGAAUAUUAACUUCCACCUCGAACCGGCCUUUGAUCGCGCGAGCUCCGGGAGCUCAGAGAGGUACAACUGGGGAACAGACACGUUCUGGGCUUGCUCUAACAGCCCAACCUUCCCUCACAUCAAAGUGGCCAUCUACCACGAUGAUGUCGAACACCCAGAGAGACUCUUGAAAGCAGAGUUGAUGGUCCUCGCUGCCACGAUGCACUCGCGUCUGGGCAUGGACACCCUGACCGAGCAUGUCGUUGUGCCUACCAUGCUAUUCUCAUUCAUCGGAACGAGUGUGAGGAUCGUGAUCGCCAUCCACGACGGGCGUUGUCUUCGCAUCUCGAAAUCGGACCUGAUGCCAUACUCGGAGGGUUCCAACGACCUCUGGAAUGUCCUCGUUCGGUUCCUCGCUGGAGGUAUAAAUGGAGAGCUUAGCACCCAGCGUUUGCCUGUGAUGGAUGAAGCAGACAACGCAUAUCCUGUCUGUUAA